AUGUUGGGGAUAUUAAAGACCAAACCAUAUCAGGUCAGGAGGCUUUUGUGUUUGACAGGUAGGAUACUAACAUUUACACUAUUUAAUUGGCUGUUAUUUGUUUUAUUUUGCUAUUUUUUGAGUACAACACGCUCAUUUUUUAAUUUUGAAAAUUGUUACCUAAAAUAUUGCUGUUUUAGCACAACUGGACAAGCUGGUGCAGUUUAAAUUGUCAGACAUUGGAGAAGGAAUCGCAGAAGUACAGUUGAAGGAUUGGCAUAUUAAGGUGGGAGAUAAGGUCAAUGAAUUUGACGAAGUUUGCGAAGUUCAAAGUGACAAAGCGGCUGUCACAAUCACCAGUCGAUACGAAGGUGUGGUUAAACGAUUGUAUGUUGACAAACUGAGUUUUUUGUACUAAAGUUUUUAUUGACUUAUGUAUACUAUGUUUAUGAGCGUUUUACUCUUUAGUAUGUCAUGUUUGUAUAGCAAAUCAUUUUAGAUAUUAUGAUAUAGAUCAAGUAGCCAAAGUUGGAGCACCUUUGAUUGACAUUGAAGUGGAUGACGACGGUUCUGAAGUUGUGGAAGAUGUUGACGAAGGUACAUCAUUUAUGUUUUUAUUAAGUAUCAAUUUUUAUAAAUUAUACAUUUAUAAUGUGAAUUUAUGUGUUUUAGAUUCAGCAUCUCCACAAAAGUCGCAGAAACAUCCAGAACAUUCAGAUCGCUCACGGUCGGCCAAGUUGUUGAUGACUCCAGCUGUGAGAAGGCUGCUAAAAGAAAACAAGAUUGAUAUACGGAAGAUUACGGGCACUGGUAAGGAUGGUAGGGUACUGAAGGAAGACGUACUAGCUUUCUUGAAUGUUGUGGAGACAAAGGAAGGUCAUGAGCAACGUGCUCCUACUGCUCUCAAGGCUUUUGAGGUUCGUUCUUGGUUUAAAUUGUGGUUUUUUAUUAUUUUUGGUUUUGUUAUUGAAGGAGAGUUUAAUUACAAUUUUAUAUUUUUAUGUCCGGUUUUUACGUUUUUUUUCUGUUAUAUAUUACUUUAAUGUGAAUUUUUAGCCGAAGUUAACAGAAGACAAAGUGGUGCCUAUACGAGGCUACACUCGUGCAAUGAUCAGCUCAAUGUCAGAAGCCUUAAAGAUUCCCCAUUUUGGAUACGACGAUGAAUACACUGCUGAUUCUUUAGUCGCUCUACGAGGUCAGUUAAAGUCAGAAGCCAAGAGAAGAGGUAUCAAGUUAACCUACAUGCCGAUUAUUCUGAAAGCAACGUCAGUAGCACUAACUGACUACCCGCAACUGAAUGCUCAAGCUGAUUCGGAACACAAGAACAUUAUCUACAAGGCCAAUCACAACCUCUGUGUGGCUAUGGACACGCCAGGAGGACUAGUGGUACCAAACGUCAAGUAUUGUGAACAGAAGAACAUGUGGGAGAUUGCUGAGGAUUUGAACAGACUACUGGAAGCUGGUCAAAAGCAACAGCUCCAGAGGGACGAUCUGCUGCAUGGCACUUUUACUUUGUCUAAUAUUGGCAUUGUAAGCAUAUGUUACACUUUACAUGAUUAAUGUUGAAACUUUCUUUAUAUAGUAUAUACUAAAACGUUACAGAUUGGUGGAACGUAUCUGUCUCCGGUCAUCUUUCCACCACAGGUUGCUAUUGGAGCCAUUGGUCGAAUCCGGAAAGUACCAAGAUACGACCAUAAUGAUGAACUUAAGCCUACAAAUGUAAUGAACUUCUCAUGGGCGGCUGAUCAUCGUUUUGUUGAUGGUGCUACGAUGGCACGGUUUAGUAACCGACUGAAGGAAUUACUCGAGAAUCCUAUGUUAUUGGCCUCUUGUCUACGUUAA